AUGGCCAGCGUACUUCUCGAUAGCUACAAGCAGUGGGCUGAAGGCAUGGAUGUCAUGCUAUUGGAUUGGGCUGACCCAACCCUUCGCUAUCGGCUAUCGCCAAUGCAGAAUUACUUUCUUGCUGACUUUGGUACGGUCUUCGCACUUUGCGUCGCAUACCUUACCUUUGUAGUAGUUGGCACGCUUGUCAUGAAGUCGGACAUACCUGCACUCAACACAGCCCCACUACAGUUCAUUUACAAUCCCGUGCAAGUCGUGCUGUGCUCGUACAUGACUGUCGAGGCCAUCUUGCAAGCCCGCCGCAACGAUUACUCGGCCACCCCAUGCAAUGCCUUUAAUCAUGAAAAUCCCGUUAUGGGUAACCUCAUGUAUAUCUUCUACCUGUCAAAAGUACUCGAUUUUUGCGACACUUUCUUCAUUAUCAUGGGAAAGAAAUGGAAGCAACUUUCAGUGCUCCACGUUUACCAUCACGUCACUGUCUUUUUUUGCUACUGGGCCAACUUCCGCACGUGCUACGAUGGUGAUCUCUACAUGACCAUAGUACUUAACGGUGGCGUGCAUGCAAUCAUGUAUAUGUACUAUUUUGUGAGCUCGCACACUCGCGAAAUCUGGUGGAAGCCUUACUUGACGACAGUACAGAUGAUCCAGUUUCUACUUAUGAACGCACAAGGUUAUCUCAUGGUUUCGCGUUCCUGCCCUGGCAUGCCUUACAAGAUCUCAGUUAUAUACCUUAUAUACGUGCAAUCGCUAUUUUGGCUUUUUAUGAAUUUCUUCAUCGUGAAUUACUGCUUGAAUUCGCGAAAGCACAAGUCCGUCGAGGCUGAAAAGAAAAUGGUGUAA